AAAAAAACUUGAAUACCUCUCAAGCAGCUCCAGCCUUCUUCUCUCAGCAACAGCCAAAGGCUCGCAAUGGGCAAGGAGGUCGACGUGUCCACCCUCGAGGCCGGCGGCGCCCGGGACUACAUCGACCCGCCGCCGGCGCCGCUCGUCGACGUCGACGAGCUGGGCAAGUGGUCGCUGUACCGCGCGCUCAUCGCCGAGUUCGUGGCGACGCUGCUGUUCCUCUACGUCACGGUGGCGACGGUGAUCGGGUACAAGCACCAGGCGGACGCGUCGGCCUCGGGCGCCGACGCGGCGUGCGGCGGCGUGGGCAUCCUCGGCAUCGCGUGGGCGUUCGGCGGCAUGAUCUUCAUCCUCGUCUACUGCACCGCCGGCGUCUCCGGCGGCCACAUCAACCCGGCGGUCACGUUCGGGCUGUUCCUGGCGCGCAAGGUGUCCCUGGUGCGCGCGGUGCUCUACAUGGCGGCGCAGUGCCUCGGCGCCAUCUGCGGCGUCGCGCUCGUCAAGGGCUUCCAGAGCGGGUUCUACGACAGGUAUGGCGGCGGCGCCAACGAGCUCAGCGCCGGCUACUCCACCGGCACCGGCCUCGCCGCCGAGAUCAUCGGCACCUUCGUGCUCGUCUACACCGUCUUCUCCGCCACCGACCCCAAGCGCAACGCCCGCGACUCCCACGUUCCGGUGCUGGCACCGCUGCCAAUCGGGUUCGCGGUGUUCAUGGUGCACCUGGCCACGAUCCCGAUCACCGGCACCGGCAUCAACCCGGCGAGGAGCCUCGGCGCCGCCGUGAUCUACAACAACAACAAGGCCUGGAGCGAUCAGUGGAUCUUCUGGGUCGGGCCGUUCAUCGGCGCGGCGAUCGCGGCGCUGUACCACCAGAUCGUCCUCCGCGCCAGCGCCAGGGGCUACGGCUCCUUCCGGAGCAACGCCUAGCUGAGCUCAGCCUGGUGAUAAAGAUGUCCAUGGCCAAGCCGCCAUUGAUUUGGGCUCUUUCUCCCUUCAGAGUUUAAGGCGAACGGAGAGAAGAGAGCGCCGGUUUGUCAUUAUUAGUAAGAAGCAGAGCUUCCUCAGUCCAAGUGUGAAGCCUGCAGUGCAGUGUGUGUUUCAGUGUCUGCAAUGUCCCUCUUCGAUCAGUUUGUUGUCUAGUUCCAUCCAUGUCAACCAAAAGUCAAUAAAUUGAUAUGUCGAGUUGAUGUGAUUAUAAAA